AUGCCCAUUACACUACACAGAGCAGUCGCCCCGGCGUCACGAUUUGUACCCAGAACCAUUUUCCGAUCUGUCCGGACACCGUAUAUUCCAUUUACUCUUAGAGCCGCUUCAACCAUGGUUCCCAAGCUCAAAGACCCCUCGCUCCUGAAGCAGGAUGUCUGCUACGUCAACGGCGAAUGGGUAAAGGCAAAGUCUGGCAAGACCUUUGACGUGACCGGUAUGUCCCCCUCUCCCCUUACAAUCCUGACUUUGUGCAUAUAUCUAGACAUGUAUGGAAAAUCAUGGAAAAGACAGGAGACUAACAACCAUACAGACCCCGCCACCGGCACCAAGAUCGCAUCAUGCCCCGAGUUCUCCGCAGCCGACACGGACGCCGCCAUCGCCGCCGCCGCCACCGCGUUCGAGACCUUCCGCACCAAGACGGGCCGCGAGCGCUCCAAGCUGCUGCGCAAGUGGUACGACCUCAUGAUGGAGAACGCAGAGGACCUGACCACCCUCAUCACCUGGGAGAACGGCAAGCCCGUCGCCGACGCCAAGGGUGAGGUCACCUACGCCGCCAACUUUUUCGAGUGGUUCAGCGAGGAGGCUCCCCGUAUCUACGGUGACACUAUCCCCUCCUCCGUCCCCGGAAACCGCGUCUGGACAAUCAAGGAGCCCGUUGGUGUCUGCGGUCUCAUCACACCAUGGAACUUCCCCGCCGCAAUGAUCACCCGCAAAAUCGGCCCCGCCCUCGCGACAGGCUGCACCGUAGUCUGCAAAGCCCCCGGCGAAACCCCCUUCACCUCCCUCGCCAUCGCCGAACUAGGCCACCGCGCCGGCAUCCCCGCCGGCGUCGUCAACGUCGUCACCUCGCUCGACAACACCCCCGAAGUCGGCGAGGCUCUGACCACCAACCCGACCGUCAAGAAGAUCUCUUUCACAGGCUCCACAAACGUCGGCAAGCUCCUCAUGAAGCAGUGCUCCGGCACCCUCAAAAAGCUCUCCAUGGAACUCGGCGGCAACGCCCCCUUCAUCGUCUUUGACGACGCCGACGUCGAUGCCGCGGUGGCCGGAGCGAUCGCCUCCAAGUUUAGGUCCUCGGGCCAGACGUGCGUAUGCGCGAACAGGUUGUACAUCCAGAGCGGCGUCUACGACGAGUUUACGCGGAAAUUCGCCGCAAAGGUGGAGGAAUUCAAGGUCGGCAACGGCUUCGAGGAGGGAACCACCCACGGCCCCUUGAUCCACGACCGCGCCAUCGACAAAGUGGAAUCCCACGUCCGCGACGCGGAGCAGAAAGGCGGCAAAGUCGUCGUGGGCGGCAACAAGAUUUCCACGCUCGGCCACAACUUUUACGAGCCGACCGUUAUUACGGGUAUGACCAAGGACAUGGCCAUGUCGAGCGAGGAGACGUUCGGUCCCGUUGCGGGGCUGUUCAAGUUCGAGACGGAAGAGGAGGUCGUGAAGCUGGCGAACGCGACGAACGUCGGGUUGGCGGGGUACUUCUUCUCGAGGGACAUUCAGCGCGUGCACCGCGUCGCCGAGCAUCUUGAGGUCGGUAUGGUGGGCGUCAACACGGGCUUGAUUUCGGAUCCGGCGGCGCCGUUUGGUGGUGUCAAGGAGUCUGGGUUCGGGAGGGAGGGGUCGCUCUUGGGUGUUUCCGAGUACCAGGUCACCAAGAUGGUUACGUACGGCGGUAUGGGCCAGCCUCUGCAGAAGUGA